GCCCGGAUGCGGCUCCUCCCCCGCAAGAUGGCGGCGGCCCCUCUGUAGCGCCCGGUGUAGGUCCGGCCCCGCCAUGGCGGACCUGGGCCGGCAGCUGCACGAGUACCUCGCGCAGUCCAAGGCCGCUGCCGCUGGCAGCCCCAGCGCGGGCCCUGCGCCGCCGCCCGCCGGCGGCUCGCAAGCGGAGGAGGGGGAGAGCGGCGGGCUGCGGGCCUGGCUGGGCGCGCUGAACCCUUUCCCGCCGGGCGCUGUCGCCGGCGCCCCGGGCAGCGCCGCGUGGCCGUGGGCGGGCGAGGCGGACCCGUGGCUGCCGGGGCUGUCGCGCUGGCAGCGGCUGGCGGGCAGCGCGCUGUGCGUGCUGCUGGCCGCGCUGUGCUUCGGGCUGGCCGCGCUGUGCGCGCCGCUGCUGCUGCUUCGCGCCCGCAAGUUUGCGCUUCUCUGGUCUCUCGGCUCGCUGUUCGCGCUGGGCGCCGCCGCGCUGCUGCGCGGGCCCACCCGGCUGCUGCGGGAGCCGGGGCGCGGGUCGCUGCUGUACCUGGCGGCGCUGCUCGGGACGCUGUACGCCGCUCUGGUGCUGCGCAGCACCGUGCUCACCGCGCUGGGCGCUGCCGCUCAGCUCGGCACCGCCGCCGCCGCGCUCCUGGCCGCGCUGCCCGGCGGCUCCGCCGGCCUGCGCCGCCUGGCCGGGCUGUUCCGCGCCGCGCUGAGCGGCCGCAGCAAGGUACUGCCCCUGUGA